UCAACCAUAAAGUGACUUAGCGAGGAAACCAAAAACAAAUUCAAAGUUUCUAGAAAGCAAUAAAUUAAAAAAAAAAAACAAAAAACAUUUUUUGAGUGAAAAUUUUCAAAAAAACUACAGAAGAUAGUGAAAAUCAUUCAGUUACUUUUAAGAUAAAGACUUUGAAAGUUAAAAAAAAUCUAAAACAAUGCAACACCAAAGUGCCAACAACAACAACAACAAACGCCUGUUUAUGCUGCGUUACGCCUGCAGCUUUGCCUGCUUACUCUCACUGCUACUGCUGCUCACCAGCUACGCACCAACAGUGGAGGCGCGUCCCAUGGACUUGUACGACGAUGUCGGCGAUUUCUUCGAUGCCGUCUCACUGGACGAUGUGCCCGUCUCRGGGCGCACAGCACCGGAAACCUUCUGCCGCAUGCCGAUACGCAAGGGCGUCUGCCGUGCGCUCAUACCGCGCUUCAGCUACGAUCCCAGCCGCAAAACUUGUGUGGAGUUCAAAUUCGGCGGCUGCGACGGCAACGAGAACAACUUCUCCAGCUAUGAGGCGUGCAUGGCCACGUGUGAGGGCAUGUAAAUCUGUGUGUGUUUGUGUAUAUAAACGCCGCUUAAGUGUAGAAAUGUUCCUCAUACGCCCUGAAAUUGCCAAUUGCAGGCUCCAAGCAUCACAUCCCAACGCAUCAUCAUUUUUAAUAACGGUUAUUUGUAUAUUUGACCAGCUCAAGCAAUAAGUUUAUGGCGCUUCCAUUAAACGUGUUCAUGGCAUUUAUUUACAUACUUUUAGUUGUUAGUGUAUUUUAUUUUUGUAAUUUUAUGUAUACAAACGCAACUUCAAUGCA